GAUCGUAAACAAAGAAUUUUUAUCGAAAUCUCAUUAUUUCAAUCAUGUUGAAAGGAAUUGUUCUGCUGAUUCUCCAUGUCUUCUGUGACAUUGCAUUGGCAGGACAGUGCGGAAAAGUAUGGGUCACGGUUUCCUCUUUAUGGAGACCAAUCGCCGCCAGCGAUAAGGUGGUCGAUGCCGAAUUAGAAAUAAAUUGGGAAUUCGAUUGUCCAGCGGAUACAAGAUACUCAGAUACCCAAAUCAAGAUGUUCAAUGCUGACCCGUUAGCGGCACAUAACAAAAUGAUCAAGCCUGAACUGAUUCUGACAUCCUUACAACGUCCUCGGGGAUAUUACAGAACAAAUAUUACAGUCGGUCGUCCGCCGUUACCAGGAGGAUGGGACACGAAGGAUGGAGCGACUCUCCCAGGAUCACAUUGUCUCAAUUAUUAUGCUAUCCUUUACAAAGAUGGUCACAUGUUUUCUAUGUCUUGCUUGCAAAUCUGGCCGACUUGGAUGUACGAUUUAAGGAGGGAAAUCGGUAUGCUUCCUAUCGGUAGUCUGAUGAUACCUGGGACACAUAAUUCUGGUUGUUACAAACACGGUGAUCUAACGCGUCGGGACGCCUUUCAGCGAUACUUGUUGACACAAGAUCGUGAUGUUUGGACCCAGUUAGUGCAUGGCAUAAGAUAUCUAGAUAUCAGAGUUGGAUAUUACCCAUCGAUACCAAAUGGCACCGCACUUGACGAGGACGGGAAUCAUAUUAAUAGAUUUUGGAUCAACCAUGACGUCAUCCGCAUCACACCUCUUUCAGAAAUUUUAAAGGAUGUGAGAAACUUUCUGGAUGUAGCGAGGGGUGAAGUUAUCAUUAUGGACUUUCAUAGAUUUCCCGUGGGCUUCGAAGGUAGGCCGAACAGACAUCGGAAAUUGCUAUCUAUUUUACAUCGAGAAUUCGAAGGUUUAAUCCUGAAACCAGAGAGAGGGAUCGAAGGUCUGGGACCGACGUUAAAUGAUAUUUGGGCCGGCGGAAAGAGAUUAAUCAUUUGUUAUGGUGACAAACACACAGUAAACGAAUACGACUGGCUGUGGCCGCCCUUGACACAAGUAUGGGGCAAUCAACAAACUGUGGAAGGUUUGUUCGAAUAUUUGGAUGAAGAGAUUUUAGGAUCAAAGAAACGCAGAAAUAGUCAGAACCCAUUGUGGGCAGUAAUGGCGGAAUUGACGCCAUUUCCAUUAGAUAUUUUCUUUAAUCUGUCUGGCGGGCUUCGGCAGAUGGCUGAUUCCGUUAAUCGAAAUCUCACUGUCAAGUUUCAAGAGGAAUGGUGGAAAGAAACGAAUAUUGUCGCCACAGACUUUUUUCUCGGAAACGAUUUGAUCUGGGUAUCGAGAAUGUCAAAUAUUAAAAAAAGUAAUAUCGCGCAAUGGCGUUUGUAGCUAAUAUAUAGAAUUUUACUGAUAAUACUGAUAAUAAAAUUUCUUGUUUCAAAAAUGGAAAAAAUAUUAUUGCAAGGCGAAACGAUAACUCUCAUCAAACUUUUAUAAAUCUUAACAAAGAUGAAAUAGUACAC